AUGAAUAUUGAUAGAAGAAGAAACCUGGGCCCUGCCAACGUCAAGCCGCUGGUUUUCGCCGAGUCUGCGCCCGCCAAACAGGACCCAGAUACCAGGGUGUUUUUGGAAACAGGUCUUAUUCAGAACUGCAACGGGUCCUCGUACUUGGAGAAUGACAAAACCAUCAUCAUCACCUCUGUUUAUGGUCCCCGGCCAAACUUCACCAGAUCGUUCAACGACCAGGCCAACUUGAAGAUUAACGUUGAACUGUCCAAGUUCUUGCCUCUGGACAACUUUAAAGAUAACCAGAAGAAUAUUGUUCCCGACAAAGACAGACUGGUAUCUUCUUUGGAGUCGUUUCUGUUGUCUAACUACCAGAGUCUAAUUUUGCUUCAAAACUACCCAAAGUCGUCUAUUGAGAUCUUUGUGCAAGUGGUGGCGCUUAACCCUACCCACUCGCUGCUCUACACUCUGAAAAAUAUCCUAAACAGUGUGAGUGUCGCUUUGGUUGACUCUGGCCUAAAUAUUAAAGCUAUUGCCUGUUCAGGGUAUUCUGGGUCCGACAGCCACGAGACCGUGGUCAACUUUGCCGCCAAAGACGAGAUUCUCGGAAUAUGGAGCGAUUUCCAGGACUUUGACUCUACGUUCGACCAGUCGAUAGAUGCCUGUGAAAACGAUUCCGCCCAGCUACGGAAAGAAAUCAACGGAUACUUGCUCAAAAAAGCUACAAAGAACGCUUCAUAA